CUCUUAGUAACCGGUCAGAUGCUCCAUUAAACAGUGUUUUAUCCGUAUAGUCAUGCAGAAGACUAUAUAUGGAAUGGUACUGUGGACACAUUGCAUAUGAAUAAUAGAGAUGAAGAUAGCAAGUUAUAAUGGAAUAUCUUGCUCCCUGCACAUGUCAUCUGUCCCCGUCUUCAUCAUUCAGCAUCAGCUCAAUUUCCAGCUCCUCUUAAUACAGGUCCUUAUCAUUUUCCCACCUCUGUUCCUUUGCUUUAAUCUCGGGGCAAGGACGCGAUAUCACGGAUGUGUUUACAUUGAUCAGCUGAUCGGCGUGUUGGCAACUUCAGGUCCGCGGAGGCUGCACGAGGACACAUAAACGCACCAACUCUGUCCAUCACCAUAACCUGUCCGGCCAGUGCAAGGACACAGCUCUCUUGAAAUGCAAUAAUCAUAGAAGAUUAGCAUGAAAUAAUCGCACAAAGAAUGAGUGGAAGCAGAUCAAUAAAUUUGAACAUAAACCCCAAGGUUGCAGUGGUGACAGCCUUGGGGACGGGCAUAGUGAUUGGUGCAGGUGUGGCUUACCUCUACACUCGUUUCCAUGAGCACGCUCACCUUGUGCAGCAAAUCACAAACCUGCAUGUCUCUAUCUUGGAGGUGCUGAAGAAGGACUUGACAUCCUCACACUCUGGAUCUGAGAGGCCAUGUUCCUGUGGACGGUGUUCGUCCCUUUCCACCCGGUCACCACGCUUCAGGAAAACAGUCAGUUUCAGCAGCACUGCCACCACUGCAAGCUACAGGACAGCACUAGAGGGAGAUUCCGACAACAGCCGAGCCAAUGACACUGACUAUUUCUCUCCCGAUGAAGAUGAUGAUGAGUUCUUUGAUUUGUCAUCAGCAGAUGAAAGUGAAGGAGCGAUUGUGUUUGUGAGCCAAGGAGAUGAUAGCCGGCUGAAAGGAGAAGAGGACCAGCCACAGGAGGACCAGCUGAGUCGCUUGCUGGAACAAGUAGACAGCCUGGUUGAAGGGUGUGAGGAGGAUCAGACCCAAGCCUACACUUUGCUCAAGGCUGAGGAACAAUUGUACUGUAGAAAUGCAGAGUUCCUGUGGAGACUUGCCAAAUCAACAAGAAAUAUGUCAUGUAUUGAAGAAAAAAAUGGCAAUCUAGAAAACAAAAAAAAUUAUAUUUUUGAAGCAUACAGCCAUGCAGCACAGGCCCUAGAGUUGGAUGAGGACAGUGCUGAGGUGCACAAGUGGUAUGGAAUUCUGGCUGGAGCAAAGGGAGAGUUUUUGAGCACAAAGGAGCGGAUUCACAAUGGACAGCUGUUUAAGUUACACAUUGACCGUGCUUUAGAAAUCAAACCACGAGAUGCAACGCUGCACCAUCUCUUGGGACGGUUCUGUUAUGAGGUGGCACAGCUGUCCUGGCUGGAGCGCAGAGUGGCAGCUGCACUGUUUGCAGAGGUUCCAUCCGCCACCUUUGAAGAGACGCUGGAACAUUUCAUGGCAGCAGAGAAGUUGAGACCAUCAGGAUGGAAGGAGAAUAGGCUCUUCAUUGCCAAGUGCUACAUUCUCAUGAACGAAUUCUCCCUGGCGUCAGCCUGGCUGGAGCAGGCAGCCUCAGCACCUAGUGUGACGCCAGAUGUAGGUCCCGGCAGGAUGAGAUUGUUCAUAAAGAAAUAGAAGAACUGCAGAGCAAGUAUUCCUAGGAGGCUGGAAGGGGCCACACAGUGAGUAGCUAUUCAAGACUGAGGUGAUAUUCAUGGUUGUUCUUUUAUAUAUAUCCAUGCUCAUUGAACAUGAGUAGGUAAGUUUGGAUUGUAGAUGUGCAGGUUUUACCAGUUUUAUUAGUGUCUGGAGACAAAAGUUAAGGUAUAUCUAUCUGUGAUGGUGGUUACCAGUCUUAGGUGGAAGUUUUUAGGAGUGUUAUUACAUGUAGUACAAUAUAUCAUCUUAAGUGUAAUGAUAGACAACUUUUGACCAGUUAAAAUGUAUUUCUUUAUAUGCUUUUUGUGUAUAUUGAAGUCUCAGAUUAAAGCAUGAAUAAGUGCUGAUAUCUCCAACGAUGUAGAGCAAGAUGCCUUCUGGAGUGUAAAGCAUCUCUCUCCAGAUAUACAAGACCAAAAAUUAAGGUUUAUCAUGUGUUUUACCAGGCACUCUGCUGACCAAUGAUGUGCAUAUUAACCCUGGUGGUGAUAUGCAUGUGUAUUAGGUAUUAUUUAUUGUUAUGUAUGUUGUUAUCGUUGUUAUUAUUUAUUAUCUUGGUGAAUAUGAGGUCAUGAUUUAACAAGGCUUUUGCCGAUGUCAAAAUGCUUCAACUAAAGCAAUGUCCAAGCCCAUGGUAAUAAAUAUAAAGUUUAGUA